AUGAUUUACAUUAUUUCGCCGGUAGGUACUAUACACUUACCUAGGUAUAUCAUUGCCGUUCAUGGCCUGGGUCCUCCAAAUAAGGAUUACGAGAGUCACGCUUGGGACACUUGGGGCACGUCUUCUUCCACGGAGGGCCAUCUGUGGCUUCGUUACGAGCUUCCUCGAUAUCUUCCGGAUUCACGAAUCUACCUAUACGCAUACGAUGCCGCCACGGCUUAUGGAAAGGACCGAGACACGUUCGCCAGUAAGGCGAGUGAGCUGCUUGAAGCUAUCCAACUUGAGAGAGACGACAUCUCCUCACGACCGAUCAUCUUUCUGGGACAUAGCUUGGGGGGGUUACUAAUCCAGCAAGCAUUGAUCAAUGCACAGGAAACCCCAAAAUACACGCCAAUUAGAGCAGCCACCUCUGGUCUAGUGUUCUUUGCCACACCACGUAGUGAUGUGCACACACUUGGUGGCAACAGGGCAUCUAGAACUGUGGAAGAACUGGCUGCUAAGCUUGCAAUCGCCGCGGGCUUCCCAGAUGGCGAUGGUGUGGUAGAAGUGCUCAAAGAAGGCAGCAUCUUUUCAGAUCUCACACAAGAGCAUUGGCGCCGUCAACUAUCAGGCUACGAUAUCAUUUCUUUCUGGGGUACCUUGGACAACAUGAGGCAGGAAGAUAGCAUACGGCUAGAUUUACCUGAUAAUCACGAAACCCUUGUUAUGUUGACGGCAAAUCAUAACGACGUGUGCAAUUUUGGACCAGGUCAAACCGACCAAGCCAAUCUUGAGCUCGUAGCAGGCAAGCUUCAAGAACUCUACAAGAAGGCAACUGGUUCAAAGGACCCCUCUACGAAUGACCGUCUCCCUUAUUGUUAUAUCCCCCUUCCUCGGAAUGAUGUAUUCACCGGACGAGAAACUGUGUUAAAUGAGCUCAAUGAAUGGCUGGAUAACCACAGUAAACAGCAUUCCGACUAUGAGCACUCUGUGCACACGCUGGUUGGUCGUAGUGGAGUCGGGAAGACCCAGGUUGCCCUUGAAUUUGCAUAUCUGGUAAAAGACAAGCACCCCGAAUGCUCUAUUUUCUGGGUGACCGCGCAAGAUCCUAAGGCCUCCUCCAAAGACUUCUCCAAAGACUGGGCCAACAUAGCAGAACUGCUCUGCGUUUGGGUCGAUGGGACAGAGAAGAAUCCCAAGCAGCAGGUGCGGGAGUACCUGGAGUCAGAUGCCGCUGGAAGGUGGCUUCUAAUAGUGGACGAUGCUGUCUCCUGUAUUGGUCUACCCGCCAGCGAGCAAGGACUGACCAUUAUUACUACAACACCAUCGGAUAUACAUCAUAUUUUACAACGUGAUGUCGAACCUCAAGAGAGAAUAACUGAGUUAGGUGUAAUGACUCCGGAAGAAGCGACCACGCUUUUUACCGCCCUGGCCGGACAGCCAUCCAUUGAUGAAGAAAUGACCAUGGAGCUACUCAAAGAACUUGAGUGUCUUCCAUUAGCCAUCAUUCAAGCCGCUGCAUAUAUCAAUCAGAACCAGAUACAGACCGCGGAGUAUCUCGGUCUUCUGCAGGCGACGGACCAGGAACUUGCUGAUUCGAUGACUUGGCGAUUUCAGCGUGGCCACUAUAUGUCCGGAAAUUCACUCGCAAGAACCUUGAUUGUGUCUCUGAACCAGAUCAGCAAAUCUGAUAGCGUUGCAACAUCUUUACUAGAAUUCUUGUCCUGCAUCCGCCCAAAGGCUAUACCGGAAUUUAUUUUCCCGGAUAUACAAUCCGAAAGAACGGAGCAUGCAAUUCGCAUGCUCUGUGGAUAUGCUUUCCUAACAAAGUGCGAGAAUAUGUAUGAUAUGCACGAUGCGGUGCACAGGGCAACGUGUGUUUGGGUCGAAGAGUCUGGUCGCAGACAAGACAUAACGACAGGCGCUCUUAGCCACAUAACAGCCAUAGGAUCCAUUUUCCUAUCUAACGACACAAAUAACCGCAAGCUACAGAGAGAGUGCUUCCCGCAUGCAUUACGUGUGUCUGAAGAGAUCCAAAUAAGUGAAGACACGUAUCAUUUACAAUGCCAACUUGGAUCCUAUUUGCACGCAAGUCUAAGGUUCGAUGAAGCCCAACGUAUUAUGGAAAAGGCCUACAAUAUAGGACGGGAGAGAGAUCUUCCACAAGACAACAUAUAUCAACUACGGGUAGAGAAGGUACUGGCGACUGCAUUCCUGAAAAGGAGGCGGACAGAGGAAGGAAUUCAGAUGUUGGAACAUCUUAUAGCAGCAGCAGAGAAGACGCCAGCGUACGAUGACUUCAAUUUGCCAGAAUCGAAACAUCAGUUGGCAAAGGCGUACAUGGAAUUUGGAAGGAGUGAAGACGCUAUCAGCUUAUUCGAAUGGGUCGUGAAUGAACACGAGAUGAAGAUUGGGGAUGGUCUUCGACUCAUGUCAGAACUCUACCUGGCAGAAGCAUAUUUCAAAGUUGAACGGAAUGGAGAAGCGACCAAAAUUCUUGAACGCGUCCAGCAUUUAUUCAAGAACAUGUCAGCCGAGGAACAGCGUCAAGUGCUGGAACUACGGUACAUGCAUGCAAGUAGUUGCCUAAGUAAAGGACGGACAGGAGAAGCGCUCGAGAUAUUAAAACAUGUUCGGGACGUGGAACAGACAUUGAAAGAAGGUAAAGAUCGAAGUGUACUGAAAUCUGAUCUAGCAAGGGCGUGUGUUGAGGAAGGACGGACCAUAAAGCACGCCCUGAAUGGGUUCAACUAUUGGCUAAAGCGUAUCGGCCAAAAUUCCACCAAGACGUCGAAACCCUAG